AUGUCAAUCAUUCUUCACGGGCAUGGGAUCGAGCCGCAUAGUACCAUCUCCUACUCCACCCCGACGAGAGAACUGCUCUUUCGCCAAUAUCGUGGCACAGAACUCUCCACUGAUGAAGCCAUGCUGUAUUCUAAGCUCAGAGACGACGUUGGUCAGCAGAGCCUUGGCUCGGGGAAAUCUAGAGCCAAGUCUGACGGUGCCAAGAGUGGUUGUGAGAGGAUGCUGAUUAUAAAGGCAAGGUCUAUCAAGCGUCGGUUUGUUCCCUUCCAGUAA